AUGCUUCUAUUACCCUCUGCAAUAUACAAUAAUGCUGAUGAACUCUUUCAAGAAGCACAAAGGUUAGCAAUUUCUCAAGGUUAUAUACUGGUUAAAAAAAGAACUCAAAAAGAUAAUAGUGAUGAAUUAAAGAAUAUGACAUUAAGAUGUGAUCAUGAUGGUGUUUAUUAUAACUCUUUGGAUGGAACAAAUCAUAGACAAAGAACCACCCAGCUUAUUGAUUGCCUUUUUGAGUUGUAUGCUGCUAGACAUAAUGAAUUAUGGCACCUAGAAAUUCACAAUGCAACUCAUAAUCAUGAUCACUCAAAUAAUAUAACAGGGCAUCCUAUUGUUUUUACUAAUAUUGAUAUUUAUAAUACAUAUGCAUGGCUUCAACUAGAAAAUCUAGCAGAUUAUACUUCAAUUUGGGCUUUAGUAGAUGAGCUUCAAAAGGGUAAAGGUAAAGAGGAUUACAGGUAG